CAGCAAUAUCUUGGAGGGGAGCUCUCGGCGAGCUCAGUCGGUGUCGGGCCUUCGGGGAAGGAUGGGACGGUCUGUCUUAGCGAUAUCAUCCUGUCUUCUCGCGAUCGUACUCGUAGGUCGCUCUGACCAAAGGGACGACGUGACCCUCAGACAGGUCUGGGACGGCGGGACGCUGCUUCAGCUGCUUUACUCCGGUUCCGGGGAACCCCUGGCUUGCGAGACUUCCAAGGGCCCCGAACUGGAGGGUGUUCUGGAAGCGGCCAACGUGACGGAAGCCCGAAGAGACUGUCGUUCAGCCAAUGUUCGUCACCUUAGGAUAAGGAGAGCAACGAGACACGGAAAGCACCAGAAAAACAGGGCAAGGCACAAGAAAGCCAAAAACAAGAAUCACCUGGCAAAGGGUAAAAAAGCCAGCUGGAAGCACGCCUUCAUCACCCCGGGCACGAAGUGGUGCGGGCCGAGCAACAGGGCGAGGACGUACGACGAGCUGGGGAUCCAGUUCGAGGCGGACCGGUGCUGCCGGAGGCACGACCAGUGCCAGAGGUACAUCCUCGCCAUGUCCCAGGGCUACAGCAACUUCAACUUGAGCCCUUUCACGCUCAGCCACUGCACCUGCGACAGGAGGUUUCGAACAUGCCUGAAGAUGUCUGGUUCCACCGCUUCGAACUUCGUCGGCAAGCUCUUCUUCAACUUGGUACAGACCAAGUGCUUCGUUCUUAAGACGGAACGCAUUUGCGUUGAAAGGAACUGGUGGGGCAAGUGCCAAAAAACGGAACUGCGCAAGCUGGCGCACAUCAGGACCAACAUGGCCUACUAGAUCUGCGGUGUACGUUACAUCGACAUGUUAUGACUAAUUUUUUUGGUGCUAAUAUACUUUAUCGUUUUUAUUGCCUAAGUACUUAGGAUCUAAUUCCUCUAACUUAAAAUUUUAUUGUUAUGUUGAUUUUUUUUUAUUUCUAUUUAUUUUUUACAAAAAAAUUAUGAUUUAAUAAUCACAAAGUGAUAUGAUUGACUGUAUAGUUGAGCUAUUCUAUGUUCCCUGAGUAGAAUGGGGUACAUUUUUUGUACAGAUUAGCAAUGUUAGAUAAAGAAAAAUGAAUUUGGAAAAACAAUGGUGAUUAAUACUUAAAACACAUUAUUGUGCUAAACAUCAUAUGAUAUACAAAUAAAAUCUACUUUCCAGCUAAGUUGUACGAAUUUGUUGACUAAUGUUCCUAAGAAAUUCAUUAAUUAUCUUAGAUCUUUGGAAUAAUCUUAUAAACUUAUUCAUUUUGAUGUAGAUCACUGUUAACUGUAUGUAAUCAUUAAAACAAGGUGAAUUACAAAGGCCAAAGAUAAAAGCCAAUAUGUCAUAGAUACAUAACAGUAUUUUUAAAUAAUAAUAAAUUAGCUACUUAAAGUAUAAGUUUUAGCAGUUAAUGAUAUUGUCAUUGUCUGUUAUUAUUUAUAUAAUAUUCCAUUUGUAGAAAUUGUCCAGACUUCUGUGCAAUGUAGAAAUAAGUUUACUUUUGUAAAUAACAAAGAAUAUAUAUUGUAUUUAUUAAAACUAAAAUUAAGUUGUGUUGUUAAGUUUUUAACAAUUAUUUACAUAACAUUAUUGUAUAAAUUUUUUGUGAUAUAAUAAUGAUACAUAUAGUUUGAUAGUUACGGCUCAAUCAGAAAGCAAUAUGUAGUAAAUAAGACAACUGUUAUAACUGGUAAAACCAUACCAUUCACCUAAAAUAUGUUAUAGUUCAAGUCAUAUGAAAUAUAGUAAUUAUUUAUAUAUUUUGCUAAAUAUUCCACUAUGGUAACCAAAUAGUUAUUUUCAUAGUCAUUCAUCAAGUCCUGUAGGCUGCACAUUCCUGUGUAAAAUAUUAUUUUGUCAUUGUUAAAGAAUGAAUAAAAAUGAUGUGUAAAUAUGUA